ACACCCCCAUUCCGUCCUACAUGCAGAACGGAAUGGAAACAGCCAAGUAUACGAGGGGGCGGAGUCGAGAGGGUGAGCUACCAAAGGGACGGAGUCUUGAGAGCAGAAACACUGCAGCGCCAUUGGCCGCAGCGCCAGAAAUGGCUUCCAGACGAGCUUGGCUGGAGGACUUCCGUCAUAUGCUCUCGUCUGAAGCAAUAGACUUCGAGAGACUCAGGACCCGCUGUUUCCAAGGUUGUCCAGAUGGGGAAGGCAUCAGAGCUACAUGCUGGAAGAUAUUGCUGGGAUAUCUACCACCUGACACUUCAUCGUGGGAAGCAGUUCUAGAAAGCAAAAGGGCACUGUACCACCAGCUGGUGAAGGAGACUAUCAUUAAUCCCCACGAAGAUGAAGAGAGUGACUCUGGCGAAGUUGUGGACCACCCUCUCAACCCUAACCCUGAGAGCAGUUGGAAUAGGUUCUUUGUCGACAACCAAGUUCUACUUCAAAUCGACCACGACACCAGGAGACUGUACCCUGACCUCAGCUUCUUCCAGCAGCCCACGCCCUACCCCAGAGCCUCCUAUAGUGCAGGAAUGGAAGCACUGAAGAAAAGAGUUGAGCGUUCAUCUCUUCCGUCGCAGCGAGUGGGCACCACAAGAAUGGGAAUCAUUAACAUGAAGUCCACUGCCAAAUAUAGCUCUUUGGAGAAGUACUAUCUGCCACUGAAAGAAGGAGAAGAGGCACAUUGGGAGGUGGUGGAAAGGAUACUGUUUGUACACGCAAAGUGUAACAAGGGCAUAGGAUAUGUACAGGGAAUGAAUGAAGUGAUAGGUCCACUUUACUACGUGUUCUUUCAGCAUCCUGACGUCAGAUGGAAAGAGCAUGCAGAGGCCGACACCUCCUUUUGUUUCAGUGCACUCAUGGCAGAGAUUGGAGACGUCUUUACAAAGAAACUGGACUCAGCCCACCUUGGAAUAGGGGGAGCAAUGAGAAGCCUCAUGCAACUACUGAAGGACAAGGAUCCAGUUCUAAGCAAAAACUUUGUGAGUUGGAGACUUUGUCUUUGGGGACCCAAAUUUGACCCGUAACAUCAUGCGAAAUACGGAGUGUAUUCAACGCUUUGGCGCGACGGGAAAGAAGAUGGACUGAUAUAUACACCUAACGUUUCCAGUUCGAAUCCUUCCUAUGCUGUUUUUAUAGCGUUACACUUGGUGUUGCGUGUUAGUAUAUAAUGUAAAAGAGGCCACACGAGUGGGGCUCUGGGCCCCCAGAGAGCUUUCAGAGUCACUGUGAUGAGUGUUUGCUGGUGCUGAAGGUAAAGAAAGGAGUUGAGCCUCAGUUCUUUGGAUUUCGCUGGAUCACCUUACUACUCUCCCAAGAAUUCCUUCUACCAGAGCUGAUGCGAAUAUGGGACUCCCUAUUUGCAGACGCCAACAGAUUCGACUUCCUCCUCUACAUGUGCUGUUCUAUGAUAAUCUCUGUGAGAGAAAAACUGAUUGCUGGAGACUUUGCUGAGGCGCAUUACCCACCCUUGGACAUUCACAAACUCUUGUGCAAUGCAGAAGAAAUCAGGAGAUUUCAUCCCCUCAAAAAACGAUAGCUCCAAUCUUUUCUGUAUUAAAUUAUUUUUUUAAUGAUGG